UCACUGGAAGCGAGGGGGUUAACGGGAUGCUCCAGGCGGAGGCGAUCAAUCCCGGUUUAGCGGGAUUUGGGAAGCGCUGCCCGGGAAGAAGAGCAGCAGCAGGAGGAGGAGGAGGAGGAGAAGGAGGGGGAGAUGCUGCCCAAAAUCCCGGCAUCCCUCGCUCCAGCCGCUGGAGCGCCGGGCCGAGCUCCAGCCGGGCUCCGACGCCGGGAUUUGGGAAUCGCGGGGGUCCGGCGGGGCCCGGGGGGAGCCCCCGCCCCGGGCAUCCCACCCAGGGGCGCCUCGGGAGCGACCCUCGCCGGCCAGGGGGGUUCUCCCGGGAAUUCCCUCCCUGCUCGGAUGUGGAUACAAAGGCGGAGGAGCCGCGGCCUUCCCAGGAGAAAGUUGGGGAAGGGCCUGGGCGGAGCAUCCGGAGCCCCCUCGCCAUGGCCUCGUCUGAGCUGCCCCCCCAGCCUGCAGUAGGAGCCGCGGUGCCCCCGGAGCCGGCGGGCGCGGUGCCCGCAGGGGGGGAGGACGUGGGUGAAGCCUUUGCCUUCGAGGACAGUGAGGAGGAGGAAGAGGAGGAGGAGGAGGAGGAGGAGGAUCCCGCGGCCCAUCCCGGCGGGGCCGUUGUUCUCCGGGCCCCCCCGCGCCGGCGGCGUGGGACCAGCUCCGAGGGGGAGGGACUGGUGCCGGAGACCCCAGAAGGGGCCCCGGUGAGGAUGAGCAAUGGGGAGGCCGGGGGAGACCCCCCCAUCCGCACCCAGACCUGGAAGCGGGAGAGCAUCUGCCGAGGUGAGCGGUUUUCCUUCCCGGAGGUGGAGGACGACGUGAUCUACGACGACGUUCCCUGCGAAAGCCUGGAUGCCGAGCAGGAUGGAGCAGGGAGGGAGCGGAGCCUGAUCUACGAGGAGGUGCAGCGGGGAGAGGGCUCCCGGAUCAGCGAGGAUUUGGGCUGGAGCUCCAGCGAGUUCGAGAGUUACAGCGAGGACUCGGGGGAGGAAACCAAAGCUGAGCCCACCAAGCACCGAGCGUCCUUCCAGCCCAAGCUUUCUCCAGACCUGAAUAGACUAAAGGAGAGAUACGCCAGGACUAAGAGGGACAUCCUGGCUUUAAGAGUUGGGGGGAAGGACAUGCAGGAGCUGAAGCAGAAGUACGAUUGGAAGAUGACCCAGCUGAUGAAAGCGGCCAAAAGCGGCACCAAGGACGGUUUGGAGAAGACCAAGAUCGCGGUGAUGAGGAAGGUGACGUUCCUGCACCGGAAAGAAACCCCAGGGGAUGGGGAGCGGAGGAGGCGGGCGGAGGAGGCGGGAAAGCCGCCGCCUUCCCGCCGGAGCUCGCGGGUGUCCCUGGAGCAGCACGGGGGAGGGGACUCGGAGGAGGAGGACACGGGGUUCCUGGAGGUCACGGUCUCGGACAUGAAGCACCCGCCGCCGGAGCUGGGCCCCAUGCCCGAGGGGCUGAGCCCGCAGCAGGUGGUGCGGCGGCACAUCCUGGGCUCCAUCGUGCAGAGCGAGCGGAGCUACGUGGACUCCCUGAAGCGGAUCCUGCAGGAUUACAGGAACCCGCUGCUGGAGAUGGAGCCGAAGGUGCUGAGUGCCAGGAAGUGCCAGGUGGUGUUUUUCCGGCUGAAGGAGAUCCUGCAGUGCCACUCCAUGUUCCAGAUCGCCCUCGCCUCCCGCGUGGCCGAGUGGGACUCGGCCGAGAAGAUCGGGGACCUCUUCGUGGCCUCGUUCUCCAAGUCCAUGGUGCUGGACGUCUACAGCGACUACGUCAACAACUUCACCUCAGCCAUGUCCCUCAUCAAGAAGGCCUGUCUCACCAAACCCGCCUUCCUCGACUUCCUCAAGAAGAGGCAGAUGGCCAGUGCUGACCGGGUCACGCUCUAUGGGCUGAUGGUGAAGCCCAUCCAGAGGUUCCCUCAGUUCAUCCUUCUCCUGCAGGACAUGCUGAAGAACACCCCCAAGGGCCACGCAGACCGUCUGUCCCUCCAGCUGGCCCUCACUGAGCUGGAGACGUUGGCGGAGAAGCUCAACGAGCAGAAGCGCUUGGCCGACCAAGUGGCCGAGAUCCAACAGCUCAGCAAGAGCAUCAGCGACAGGAGCAGCCUCAACAAGCUGCUGAGCUCGGGGCAGAGGCAGCUCCUGCUCUGUGAGACGCUGACGGAGACGGUGUACGGGGACCGCGGGCAGCUCAUCAAGUCCAAGGAGAGGAAGGUUUUCCUGCUCAACGACAUGUUGGUCUGUGCCAACAUCAACUUCAAAGGCCAACUGGAAAUCAGCAGCCUGGUGCCCCUGGGGCCCAAAUACGUGCUGAAGUGGAGCACAGCCCUCCCACAGGUGCAGGUGGUGGAGGUGGGGCAGGAGGGCGGCGCCUACGACAAGGACAACGUGGUCAUCCACAACGCCGGCGCCCGCAGACACGCGCCCGCCGGGCAGGCCUCGCACAACAAAGUCUACCUGGGGCCACCACGGCUCUUCCAGGAGCUGCAGGACCUGCAGAAGGACCUGGCAGUGGUGGAGCAGAUCACCCUCCUCAUCAGCACCUUGCACGGCACCUACCAGAACCUGAACAUGACGGUGGCCCAGGACUGGUGCCUGGCACUGCAGAGGAUGGUGAGGGUGAAGGAGGAGGAGAUCCACUCUGCCAACAAGUGCCGCCUGCGGCUGCUGCUGCCCGGGAAGCCGGACAAGUCCGGCCGCCCCAUCAGCGUCAUGGUCGUGUUCAUCACCCCCAGCCCCCUGAGCAAGAUCUCCUGGGUGAACCGCCUGCACCUGGCCAAGAUAGGCCUCAGGGAGGAGAACCAGCCGGGCUGGCUCUGUCCCGACGAAGACAAGAAGAGCAAAGCCCCGUUCUGGUGCCCCAUCCUCUCCUGCCACAUGCCAGCCUUCUCCUCCAAAGCCCUUGAUCUGCAGCUCGGAGCCGCAGUUCACAACCCCGUGCAGUCCUCCCUGCUGGGCUUCUCUGCCGUCAGCACGUCGCUGCCGCAGGGCUACCUCUGGGUGGGGGGUGGCCAGGAGGGCGCGGGGGGGCAGGUGGAGAUCUUCUCCCUGAACCGCGCCGUGCCGCGCACCGUCAAGUCCUUCCCGGUGGCCUCCCCGGUGCUGUGCAUGGAAUACAUCCCGGAGCCCGAGGAGGGGGAUGCCCCGGGCUGCCAGGAACCCCGAGCCGGCGAGCAGCCCCCCCCAGCCCCUCAUCCCACCGUGUGCCUGGGGCUGCAGGACGGCAGCAUCCUGGUCUAUGGGAGCGUGGACACGGGGACGCCGUGCCUGCUGAGCUGCAGGAGCCCAGGAAUGCAGCCCAUCCUGUGCCUGAGGCACAGCCCCGAGUUCCUGUUCGCGGGACUGCAGGACGGCUCCGUGGCUGCCUACCCCCGGAGCAACGGGGGGCUCUGGGACCCGGCAGCGCAGCCCACCCGCCUGCCCGUGGGCACCGGCCCCGUCCGUGCCCUGCUGACCCUGGAGGAGACCCUGUGGGCCAGCUGUGCCAACCAGGUCACUGUCCUUGAUGCCACCACCCUCCGGGCCCAGCAAACCUUCGAGGCCCACCCCGAGGCCGAGGCCAGCGUGACCCACAUGGUGAAGGCGGGCAGUGGGGUCUGGAUGGCCUUUGCCUCGGGCUCCUCCAUCCGCCUCUUCCACACCGAGACCCUGGAGCACCUGCAGGAGAUCAACGUCGCCACCAGGACCACCUUCGUGCUCCCAGGUCACAAGCACGUGCGUGUCACCAGCCUGCUCAUCUGCCAGGGCUCGCUCUGGGUGGGCACCGACCAGGGCAUCAUCGUGCUGCUGCCCGUGCCCCGCCUGGAGGGGAUCCCCAAGAUCACCGGGAAGGGCAUGGUGUCCCUCAACGGCCAUGGCGGCCCCGUGGAGUUCCUGGCAGUGGCUCUGAGCACGUUGGCCCCCGACGUCCUCCGGGGCGACCGGGAGGAGGAGGAGGAGGGGGCCGAGGAGGAGAAAGGCCCGGAGCUGGAGGGGCCUCCCCCGCGGGAGCUGAGGAAGAAAGGGAUCCUGCUGCAGUACCGGCUGCGCUCCACGGCCCACCUGCCCGGGCAGCUGCUCUCCGUGCGGGAAUCCCCGCCGGGAACGCCGGCACACGCCGAGGAGGACGGGUCCAUCUACGAGCUGGCCGACGACCCCGACGUGUGGGUGAGGAGCCGGCCCUGCGCCCGCGACACCCCCCGCAAGGAGAUCUCCUCCGUGGCCAUCGUGUCCGGGGGCCGCGGGUACCGCAACUUCCGCGGGGACGGCCCGCACAGGGACAGGGCGGGCAACGGCGACAGCUCCCUGCUCAUCUGGCAGCUCCCGCUGGCGCUGUAGCAUUCCCGGGAUCCCAGCCCUCCCUGCUCACCUGGCAGAUCCCACUGAUGCUAUGGCAUUCCCGGGAUUCCUCACUCGCCCACUGAUGUUGCAGCAUUCCCGGGACCCUCCCACACCCCGCUCAUCUGGCAGAUCCCGGGAUUCCCCCCCAUCCUGCUCACUUGGCAGAUCCUGGGAUUUCCUGCCAUCCUGCUCAUCUGGCAGAUCCCACUGAUGCUGCUGCAUUCUUGGAGUUGCCCCCCAACUGUGCUCAUCUGGCAGAUCCUGGGAUUCCCCCCCACGAAGCUCAUCUGGCAGAUCCUGGGAUUCCCUCCAUCCUGCUCAUCUGGCAGAUCCCGUUGAUGCUGCAGCAUUCCCGGGAUUCUCUCCCCACCCUGCUCCCCUGGCAGAUCCCACCAAUGCUGUGGCAUUCCCGGGAUUCCCCCCAACCCUGCUCAUCUGGCGGAUCCCGUGGAUGCUGCAGCCUUCCCAGGAUUCUCUCCCCACCUUGCUCAUCUGGCAGAUCCCGGGAUUCUCCCCCCCCCGUGCUGCUCCUCUGGCAGCUCCGGUUGCUGCUGCAGCAUUCCCGGGAUUCCCCACCAACCCGGCACCUACCUCAAGCCACCCAACAGCUGCCGGGGGUGGCCCUGCCCCGGGUGCAUCACCUGUUAUUUUUAUAAAGAGGAAAAAACUGAAAAAAAUGGGGAGUUUCUUCCCUGAAAACCAGCUGUUUGCAUGGAAAGUGGGAAUUCCGGGCGGCGGGAGCGGCGCCCUCCCUGCGGGCUGUGGGGGGGCUGCUCCCGGCCCGAGGUGUCCGUGUGUCCGUGUGUGAGUACCCCCUCUAUACAUUUAUAUAUAUAUAAAUAUGUUGUAUAUUAUGACCUGUACAAAGAAGGAAUCUGUAUAUAUUGGGACACUGGGAGCGCCAGGAAUGGGGGUGGCAGCUCCCAGCGGGUUUUGCCUGGAAUAACCACUUCUUCUGGACUGUGACUUGAGGCUCUUUGGUACGAAACCCCCCGGUUUUGGGAGCUGAGGACGCUUGGCUUCCAAGGAAAGGAAAUGGGGGGAGUGUGGAAAUAAAUCCCGUAGGAAUUGG